AUGGUGGAACCCGUGGAUCCCCACUGGUUUCGUGAACAGGCGCCGUACACAACCUCACCAAUGUGGUUGAAAUGGAUGCAGGGCAACGCCGCCCACACCCCGGCACAAAUGAAAGCGAGAGGUGAAUGGGAUCACACCUCCCUACUCGGUAUGCCACUGCCGCUCAAUAUUAAGUACGAUGAAUUUUCCCUUAUUAAUGCCGACGAAAUCUUUUCACGUGACACCAUGUGGGUGGCUGCGCCGUGCUUCUUAGUAAACCCGGAGCGGCGUGCUUUAGAGGAGGCCGGUUAUUCACGUUGA